UCGUCCGCCCUAAAAAAACCAACUAUUCCGGAUUCCUUCCGCUGCUUUUUCCUCGUAGCUCGCCGCUGCUGCGGCUGCCGGCUCCCUCCCGCGAAUUCGGAAUGCGGUUCGGCCGCCGGCAUCCCUCCAGGCGAGUGCGGUGGCAUACAGAGGGCAGCCCAGUCGCGGCCGAUGGAUGGGCCGUCGGGCGUCCGUCCGGGCGCCUCCCAGAGGUAAGGUGGGCGCCGGCGGGGGAGGCUCCAACCGCACAAAAUAGAUUCCGCGCCUCCACCGACAUUCAGGGAGAGAGAGCACUAUAAAUAUGAGAACAGAGGAGAGGAGUCCCGGAGCUCGGAGUGUUCUGAAUAAUACAUCAAAAUAAAGAGAAGAAAGAAAUCCGAGGCUCAUAAAAGAUGGGGGCGGAAAUAUUUCAUGGCGGUAAAGAGGACACAUGGUUAGUAGAUUUCCUGCGGACAAGCUUCUAUGAACCUUGUACUCAUGGAGGUUGCUACAAAGGAGGUGCUAGCACAAUUUACUGCACUGUUUGUAUGGGCAGUCCUUUUUGCCUUAGCUGUAAAGGCCGACACGAAAACAACUUUAAGGACCAUAAGCUACUAGAGGUUGUCAAGGCAAGUCAUUAUGUUGCAGUCAAGUAUAAAGACAUUAAGGAAAUCUUGCAGGUUGAGGGAAUCAGAAUCAAUAUCAUCAAUUCAAACCAGAUCCUUUUUCUUCGAUGUAGGCAAACUAAGAAGGACACGGGUUCAAGGAAAGGACACUGCAAAAGAUGUAACUGGCCUUUGGACAAUAAAGGUUCAUAUUGCUCGAUUGAGUGCAUGCUACUUGAAAAGUCCCCACACUUACAGGUUGAGCUAGCAGAGUGUAAUAAUCCAUCUACCUCCUUUUCUUCAGCAAAAUUGACAUAUCAGGGAACCUCCCAAAGGAGAAAGUUAGAGCGAGGAAAAUCAACUAUGCAAUCUGUUUUAGAAGCUUCAGAGGGAACCUCCCAAAGGAGAAAGUUAGAGCGAGGAAAAUCAACUAUGCAAGCUUCAGAGGUUCCUGUGAAGUUACUGCAUGGAGGAUCUCAGCCACUGGAAAUAGAACCAGCCUGCCCGUCAAAAGAAGUGGCUGGGUCAUCCGAAAUAGAAGCUAUCCACAAAAAAGAUGCACUUAAUUAUCGAACUAGGAAUAGAAAGGGAGCACCUUGUCGGUCGCCUCUUUUCUGAAUUUUUAACCAAUCACAAUUUUUGCUAACUAGAACUGAGACGCUAACAGGAUAUGGAUAUUUAGUUAUUGAUGCAUAGCUGUAUUGCAACAUUACAACUUUGAAGUACAUAUUUGAUGCUCUAGGAUUGAUGGUUUUUUUAGAUACAAAAGAAGCAUUGUUAGCCAAUUUCCUUUUCAUUUUCCCCACUUUUUGAACUGUGUAUAAGAAUUCACAUAUGCAAAGAAACAGAGAGGUGUAAUUGAUCGUAGAGGAUGGAAGAGUUGAUAUAUAUUCAUCGUCUAUGGAUAA